AUGUCGCAAGUGAUGUCCAGCCCCCUGCUGGCAGGAGGCCAUGCAGUUGGCUUGUCUCCCUGCGAAGAACCCAGGAGGGCCCUGCACCCAGCACCCAGCCCCGGCCUGCCACUGCAGUGUCCCUACUAUACCACAGAAGGUUGGGGAGCCCAGGCCCUGAUGGCCCCCACACCCUUCAAGGGGCCCCCCAGCAGGCUCCAGCAGGGUCCACAGGCUAGAGCCAAAGCCAGCUGCCUCCUGCAGUCCCCUGGGGAGCAGACCUCAGGGACCCUGGAGGACCUCGACUCCUACAUUGACUUCUCACUGGAGAGCCUCAACCAGAUGAUUCUGGAACUAGACCCCACCUUCCAGCUGCUCCCCACAGGAACUGGUAGCCCCUGGGCUGAGCCCACCCAGAGCACCACCUCAAGGAAAAAGAAAGAUGAGCCUGAAGCCUUGGACAUAAAGUACAUCGAGGUGACCUCCACCAGAUCAAGGUGUCAUGAUGGCCCCCAGUGCUGCUCCAGCCCAUCUGUCACCCCGCCCUUUGGUUCCCCACGCAGUGGUGGCCUCCUCCUUUCCAGAGACAUCCCCCGAGAGACUCGAAGCAGCAGCGAGAGCCUCAUUUUCUCUGGGAGCCAGGGCAAGGGGCACCAGCGCCCCCCUCCCCACUCUGGGGCUCCCUCUUCUCAUCCCCCACCCUCUCCCAGCAUCUCUAUCCCCGGCAUGGGGAACAAGGCCUCCGGCCCCCAUGGCUUGGGCUCCCCACUGGCAGCUUCUCCAGGCUUGGAGAAGGGGCUGGGGGGCCUGGCCCCACAGCAGGGCAGCAGGGUCUCUGUGUUGUCAGCCAGCCCAGCAUCCGAUGUCAGCUACGUGUUCGGAAGCAGCCAGUCCCUCCUCCACUCCAGCAUCUCCAGCCAUCAGUCAUCUUCUAGAUCCUUGGAGAGUCCAGCGAGCUCUUCCUCCAGCCUCCACAGCCUUGGCCAAGUGUCUCCGGGUACAAGAGCCAGUGACUUCCAGGUCCCCAGCAACCCCACCCCAAACAUGGGCCAGCCCAGAGCAACUCACUCCCCACCACUGGCCAAGGAACACGCCAACAGCUGCCCACCAUCCAUCACCAACUCCAUGGUGGACAUACCCAUCGUGCUGAUCAAUGGCUGCCCAGAACCAGAGUCUCCCCCAUCCCAGCAGAUCCCAGGACACCAGGACUUUGUCCGACCUGGGGCCCCUUCUUCCAGCAAGUCUUGUCCAGCCACCAGGAGCCACAGCCAGACCCCUCUCACCACAUCCUCAGAGGGUCCCACCAGGGACAUGCAGCCCACCAUGAAGUUUGUGAUGGACACAUCUAAAUACUGGUUUAAGCCAAACAUCACCCGGGAACAAGCAAUUGAGCUGCUGAGGAAAGAGGAGCCAGGGGCUUUCGUCGUGAGGGACAGUUCUUCCUACCAAGGCUCCUUUGGCCUUGCCUUGAAGGUGCAGGAGGCCCCUGCACCUGCCCCGAACCGAUCAGGUGAGGACAACAGUGACCUCAUCCGCCACUUCCUCAUCGAGUCUUCCGCCAAAGGGGUGCAUCUCAAAGGAGCAGACGAGGAGCCCUACUUUGGGAGCCUCUCUGCCUUUGUGUGCCAGCAUUCCAUCAUGGCCCUGGCCCUGCCCUGCAAACUCACCAUCCCACAGAAAGAAUUGGGAGCUGGAGACUCCUCAGGCCCCACUACAGACAGCCGGGCCUCUCACCUGAAGAAAUCUGCAGGCUGCCAUGCCCUGUAUCUGACCUCUGUGAGUGUAGAGACCCUGAGUGGAGCCCUGGCCGUGCGGAAGGCCAUCUCAACCACCUUUAAGAGGGACGUCCUCCCCACACCCACCGUGGUCCACUUCAAAGUCACGGAGCAAGGCAUCACCCUGACCGAUGUCCAGAGGAAGGUGUUUUUCCGGCGCCAUUACCCCCUCACCACCCUCCGCUUCUGUGGCAUGGACCCCGAGCAACGGAAGUGGCAAAAGUACUGCAAGCCCUCCUGGAUCUUCGGGUUUGUGGCCAAGAGCCAGACAGAGUCACAGGAGAAUGUGUGCCACCUGUUUGCGGAGUAUGACACAGUCCAGCCAGCCUCCCAGGUCAUCGGCCUGGUGGGUGCCCUGCUGCAGGACACAGAAAGGAUGUAGAGGGAGGGAGCUUCCCGUGCACCUUCCUGGACAUCCAAAGGGGGCUGGAACCCCUGAGCAGGGGCUUGUGGCCACACUAAUGAGCCAAUAUAUUGGACUGGGGAGAACGGUACCAAGUUGAAACCCUGGAAACCUAAUGACCGUCAGCAGUGAUCUUCAUCCAGACCCAGCUGGGUCUCAGUUUCCUCAACCAUAAAAAGAGGCCAAUAGACAGGACCAGCUGUGCUUCUCAGACUUUGAUGGCAUCUCAACAAGCUCCCUGUGAUUCUGAAGCACGCCCACAUCUGAGGACCCCUGACUCCAUCAACUUGGACACUGCCAAUGCAGAAGCCUGAGUUAGAGACCUGCGACCCUCUGUCGUGGCAAACAGAAGGUGCUGGGUUGGGACCCAUGGGCCCCUAGCCCAACACUGACCUGGGAGAGGUGAUAUGCAAGGAUCGACCAAAGGAGGGAUGGACGGACUCUAUUUCCCUCCAUAUCUGUUCCUUUCCCCACUUCCAUAAUGGCUUCUUGGGCAGCUGUUCCCAGGACAAAGCAGGAUCUGCCUGCCCUGGAUUCUUUAGGCCAAUGUGGCCACAGUUGUCAGGGCAGCUUAGCAAGGGGGAUCUUGUCCUCAUGGUCAGAGACCACCCAGCUGCCCUCACAUCCUUGAUGUCUAGUUCCCACCACUGCAAAUGAGUAUCAGCCCCAUCUUUUCUCUCAAUUUUUUGGUAAGCAAGUGUCCUCCAGCUGGUGUCAC